AUGGGCAGCCACAGCUCCAAGGCCGCCAAGGGGGACGUGAUGGCCCAGGACGCCGCCGGCGACGCCUCGCCCUCCAAGUCCAACGGCCAGGAAAACGGCCAUGUGAAAGUCAACGGGGAUCUGUCCCCUAAAGCCGAUGGGGAGGUGAGCUCCCUGAACGACAGCGGCUCCGCAGAGGCCCCCAAGGAGCCUGCCAAGGCCGAGACGGGCGGCGGAGACGCCAUUGAGCCAGCCCCAGUGGCCGAGGGCGAAGCCAAACCUGACGGAGCGGCCUCCACCAACGCUUCCAAGCAGACCCCCAAGAAGAAGAAGCGCUUCUCCUUCAAAAAAUCCUUCAAGCUGAGCGGCAUUUCCUUCCGGAAAGCCAAAAAGGAAACGGGAGACGCGUCGGCCACCUCCUCUCCCACCGAGGAGCAGCAGGGGAAGGCCGAAGCAGCGGAGGCCGAGGACCAGUCAGCCACCGCUGCCACCGAGGAGGGGGAGCAGGCCAAUGCGCCCCAAGAGGAGACAGCAGCCCCCGUGGAAGCCGCGGCCGCUGCUCCGGCAGCCAAGCGGCAAGAUGGCAGCGAGGAGCCAGCGAAGGAGGAGGAACAGCCACAGCAGCCGCCUUCCAGCGAGAGCCAGGGGGACGUAAAGCCAGAUGAGAGCUCGGAAUCUGCGGAGGUGGAGCCUAGCGCUGCGGCCGGCACUGCUGCUGCGGCCGACACUGCUGUUGCUGCUGCCGCCGCCGAGCAGAAAGAGGAAUAG